UUUUUUUUUUACUAUCAAUUCAUUGAACAAUGUUGCGUGUUUAUUCUGUGAUGCAGUUGGAACCUCUCUGGACCAAACCCUUAUUGUCUCAUUAUUAUACUACCAUUGAAGAGAAUCCCAUCCCAGCUGACGUUAACCAAGAUAUUACUGAAACUCAGGAACGAGAAAUACAAGAAGAAGAAGAACAGGAACAACAAUUGGCAACAGGUUAUUUGGAAAUUGAACAACAACAACAAACUCAACUACAAGAAAUGGAACAACAACAACCACCUGAAGAAGUAGUGAUAUUGGAAGAAGAAGAAGAAGAAGAAGAGGAAGAAGAAAAAAAAGAAGAAGAAAAACCAGUGUUUUCGAGUAGUCCCAGGGAACAAUCAACUAUUCACGACGAUCAUCAUCAAGAAGAAAAGCAAGAUAUCAGGCCACCUAGUGUGGGCAUCAAUUGUGAUUUAACAAGUAUUACUGAAGAACAACAACCAGUCAGUGGUUCCUCCUUGAUCUCCUCAACUGGCUCUUUCCCAGAAACACCUACAUCCACAACAUCUAGUUCACCUCCUCGUCGUCGUAUUCGCCGGGAUUCCAAGUUCACUGAACGACGCAAAAGCAUGACUAACAAGUUGAAACGCGCCUUUUCUUCAAACAGCAACAGUCAAAGCAAACGAAGCUCCAUCAUUUCCCAGUAGACAUUGAUUAGUUAUUAUAGUUUAGUUUAUGUGGAGUGAUAGUUUGAACUUUGUUUCUUUCUAUCUUUUGUAUUCAUCUCCGCCUCCCCCUUUCCAUGAUUUUUUUUUUUUUUUU